AUGUUGUUUUCGUCGGCCGGCGUCCACCCGUCCAUGCACACCUCCUAUAUAUUGAAACCAUCGAAAGCCCCGCUCCCCUCUCCGAAGCUGUCGCUCGCAGGCCGGAAAUUCUCCACACGAGAUUCCCCCCAAACGUCGACACCAUUCGGGAACAACCCAUCAAUGGAGCUGAUGCUGCUUUCAAUGUUGCGUGGUUGUGAGUGUAGCUGUGAGGAUCGGGUGAAGCUCUGUGCUGAGAUCGAGGAUCUGCAAGAUGAGCAAAAGAUGGGGCUGAUUACCUUUUUGAAGGAUAUUGCCGUCAUCCCAGCCGUCGAAAAUAACGCGUGCCAAAUCCUGCAAUGCUGUCACAGCCAAUUUGGGCAGGUUCACAACGACUUCUCCUACGUCUACAAGCUGCUCCAGAUUUGGGAUCGUCUGUACAAGGAGAUCAUCCCGACGAUGGAAGAUGUGUUGUUUACAUUAACGCUCGUCGACGAGUCUUUCUGCAUCCGGCGAUUGAUUUUGAAGAUCUUCCGGGAUAAGGUGCUGAAAAAGUGUCUGGAGACGGUCGAGUCGAGAAUCCCCGAGCUCGAAUCAAUCCUCUUUACGCUUCUGAUGGAAACCGAGGGCGACGAUGGCUUUGAAGCCUUCUCCACCCUGGCCAAUCGACUGAUGGGCGCUGAGGAGAAGUACGAAAUUCAGCAUCCCGCUUCCACGUUCCCGGCCAGCAAACAAAUGCGAAAAGCCUCGUCGGCCGAGAUGGUGAAAAGCCGCUCGAAGACGCUGCCCAACAAGCGGAAAAGCGUGCAGUGGAACGAUUUGAGGAAAAGCAAGACUGUUUCGAAUUUU